AUGAGUGUUAAAUAUAAUUUUUAAUUUGUUGUCUAAUUUUGAAACGAGGUAUAAAAAAAAAUUGCGAAUGAUUUGAUUCAAAGUGUAUAUAAAACUAUAGUUUGAAAACAUUUAGAAAUUGUCACGUGUUCUAAAACCCGAACGCUGAUAAUAACAGGCUAAACCGCUAAGUUCUUUCUGAUAAUCUUACACAUAUAAACAUACAUAUACACAUACACAUCCUAGCCUUGUGAUCAACGUGUUGAUAGUGGUUAUCUCAAUGUGGUGUUAAAGAACCACGAGUCGUUUGCUUUAUUCUCGUCGUUGAUCGUUAACGCUCAAUGACCAUUUUUUUAGUUAAUAUUAUAUUUCUAAACUACGUUUUAAUCAAAUCAAAAUAGAAAUCUGUUAAUGAAGAAGAAGAAAAAGAAGAAGAAGAGGAAGAGAAGAUACAAGUGUACACACAAGAGAGUGUACAUUUUUUUAAUUAACAACAAAGUUUGAACAAAAAAAAAACUUCUGGACAAUCACCAUGAAUGAACAAUUCGUGCAGUGUAUCAAAGACAAAGUUAAGUGAAAUCUAUAUGAAGAAGAAAAAAAAGAAAACAAAAUCUAAUUGAGAAGCUUGAACUUGUUAGGGUGAAAGAAGAUACUAACAGUAAAAAGUAUCAAUGACAAUUGAACAAUAAAGUUUGAUCAAAGAAAAGUAAAAUCAAAUUUGUAAAGUGACAAUCGGUAUGAAAAAUCGUCGAAGAAGAAGGUUGACAGAACAACAGAUUUAUCGGUGAGAGAUGUUUGAUGGACGUAAAUUGUAACGAUCAGCUGAUGUAACUCGGAGUAAUAGUAGUAGGUAGAAGUAAGUGAUAGGAGUGGAAAGUGAGGAAAGAAGAAGGUGGAGAAAGUAGUAGAAGAAGAAGAGGGAAGAGACUUAGGAUGGGCUGCAGAUCGGCAGCUAAGUUCACGGUGGAGGAAGGGUGCAGCGAUCGAGGGCAGCUCGAGACGACGACGACCUCGUCGUCGGUGAGGUGCACCGCCGAGGUCAUUGACCUCUUCAACACUGAGCAGGCUAAACGCUUGCUGCUGAGGCAGCUUGGCGAAAAGCGUGCCAGUGAAGAAGAAGAAGAAGAAGAAGAAGAAAAAGAACUAAAAAUAAGGACAAGGACGAGACCAACCCAAGAAUACGAAAAACACCACCACCAUAAAGAAAAACAACAAGACCGAGGCCAACAAAGUAAUUGGUCGGAUUCGAUGAAAUUGUUAUCUCACGAAUUAAGAACUAAACUUGAGGAGGAAUUGUCCUCGUUAGGGAGAUAGCUGCCAAGUGAUAAUGCAGAGAUUUCGUUCGACCUUCAAAAGGUCGCGUACACCUACGGGUGCGGAAAUGAAGUCGCAAUCGAGCCUGGAAGUACCGAAACAGGUGAGAUCAGCGUCCUUCGACGAGAUCCAAUUGGAAGCUCAACGUCAGGAGGAUUCUUCUUCGACGGGUGCUGGGGUUGGUGGUGGUGGUGGACGUUGUUCCUCGUCGUACGGGGAAGCAUCGAGAUCACCGAGAAACACAUCGUCCUCUUCCUCGUCCUGUUCACCAGCAAGAUCACAGGAUUCCUCGGGAAGAGGAAGAAGAUUUUCAACAUUGAGGGUACCCCAAUUGCAAACUGGUCAACGUUCCAAAAGUUUCGAUGUGUACGAAAGGAACGUUGGAUUACCACCGUCGCAAAGGUCGCUGGGCGCGAUUCGAAGGGUGGACACACCGACGAUACAAGUUUCCGGUUGUUAUCAUUGUGCUUGCGUAGAGGAAUACAAAAAUCUCUUUCUUAGCAGAGACGAUGAUGAAACAACAACUACUACUACUGGUACAACAACAGGUUCCUCAUCAAGGGAUGACGAUUAUGAUUAUUCGGAUGACGAUGACGUCGAGGACGUUGCUGACGAGGAAGAAGACGAAGAAUACCUACCAACCGAUGAAGAACUCGAUUUCAAAUUAGAAUCUAAAAGGGACGGUAGCCCUGAGAUCAGAGUUACUUUUACGUCCUGUACAGAAAAACCUGAAUCACCUCCGCCAUCUUCUCCGUCACCGUCUACGAUAAUUACCAAAGAUUUUCUUAUCAAUGCUACUACGACCAAUACCCUUACUAGUAGCAUAACAACCAGUAGUAGUAGCAGUAUUUCUGAUGUCAAGGCUGAACUUUGUCCCGAAUUACCACGCAGAAGGUCCAUAGCCUUUCCCAAAUUGUCACGGCAAGAGGCAUUAACAUCUUGUCCACCCGAUUUACCAUCAUCCCCGUCUGGUUCUCGUGAGGACGAUGACAAAGAUUAUGAUGAAAUUGACGACGAAUUAUUGGACAAUAAUAAUAUCAUCAUUGAUGAUCAUUCGAAAACUAUUAAUAAUAAUAAUAAUGGUGUUAACAACAAACUCGUAGUGAGAGAAAUAUUUUUAACUGUGCCAGAACUUAAAAGAGAUCGUGCGGCAUCGGUUGAUUCGUGUUUUAACAAUAAUAAAAAUAACAAAUCUGAGGAUUGUCAUUCGCUUGAUGUACCCCAACAAAACAUCAGGUCGAAGAGCGUUGACAUCGUACUACCAACUGAAGUACAAACUCGGUACACUGCUUUAGUACCUGGAACCCUACCUGGAAACGAGCAUAGACCUACAAGAGGAGGAAGAGAAGAGGGUGCCUCGAGUGGUGGUCAACGUGAGCUACGAUCAACCCCUGAUUGGGGUGGUAGUGCAUUCAAUGGUGAACAUUUUUGGGUACCUACUGCUGCCUCUGGUGACUUUUGUUACGUCAAUGAUUGCUCGAAACAUGGACCACGGAUGAAGUGUUCUGCUUGUCGGGUAGUCGUCCACGCGGUAUGCGCCCCAAGUUUAAAUUUUGCCUGCAAGACGAGUUUUCGUGACGUCGGUGUUAGACAAUAUCGCGAACAAACUACUACAAAUCAUCAUUGGGUGCACAGACGUUCGCAGAAAGGGAAAUGCGCUAAUUGCAGUAAAAGUUUUCAAUCCAAAUUAAGUUUUACGUCUAAGGAAAUAAUCGCGGUAAACUGUAGUUGGUGUAAAACAGCUUAUCACAAUAAGGAAGCGUGUUUCAACGUAGACAAAAUUGGUGAAAAUUGCGAAUUGGGUUCGCAUUCGUCCAUCAUCGUGCCACCAUCAUGGAUCGUUAAAUUACCAAGAAAGGGUAGUUUCAAAAGUAGUUUGAGAAAGUCACCGAAAAGAAGGAAAAGUGGUACAGGUCCGUCAACUUCAUCAACGACACGUAGAAAAUCCAGAGACAAGGAAAAAGAAAAGGAACAACAACAACAACAGAAAGAAGAUCAAAGUAAAUUUUGGGUUGUCAAACCAAUUCCAACGGCAACCGUUAGACCAGUAUUAGUAUUCAUCAAUCCAAAAUCUGGAGGAAAUCAGGGUGCCAAAUUGUUGCAGAAAUUUCAAUGGUUAUUAAAUCCACGACAGGUUUUUGAUCUUACACAAGGUGGACCCAGAAUGGGAUUGGAAUUAUUUAAGAGAGUACCAAAUUUACGAGUAUUAGCCUGCGGGGGUGAUGGUACGGUUGGUUGGGUUCUCUCAGUGUUGGAUCAAAUUGGUGCACCCUCACCACCUGCAGUAGGUGUUCUUCCACUUGGUACGGGAAACGAUUUGGCACGGGCACUUGGUUGGGGUGGUGGUUACACGGACGAACCAAUCGGCAAAAUAUUAACCAGCAUCGGUGAAAGUGAAACCACUUUAUUGGACAGAUGGCAAUUGGUCGUAGAAAGGAAUCCCGAUAUUCAAAACGACGAUGAAAGUGGAAAAGCAAAAGAAAAUCUUCCAUUGAACGUUGUCAACAAUUAUUUCUCUCUUGGUGUUGACGCCCACAUUGCUUUAGAAUUUCACGAGGCACGAGAGGCACACCCGGAGAAAUUCAACUCUAGAUUGAGAAACAAAAUGUUCUAUGGACAAAUGGGUGGUAAAGAUUUGGUCAGAAGAAAAUGGAAGGAUUUGUCAGAAUUUGUGACAUUGGAAUGCGACGGUCAAGAUUUAACAUCAAAGUUGAAAGAACAUCGUGUUCAUGCAAUAGUAUUUUUAAAUAUCGCAUCUUAUGGUGGUGGAACGCAUCCAUGGUGUGCGGGUAGUACGACGAAGGAACCUUCAACAGAGGAUGGUUUAAUUGAAAUUGUUGGUUUAACCACUUAUCAAUUACCAUUAUUGCAAGCUGGUGGUCAUGGUACUUGCAUUGCACAAUGCAGUAAAGCUAAACUUGUUACUACGAGGACCAUUCCCAUGCAGGUUGACGGUGAAGCUUGUAGAUUAUUACCAUCGAUCAUAAAUAUGAGUUUGUUGAACAAAGCAACGAUGCUUGCUAAAAGAAGAAACACUGGCCAAUCGCAACCUGACGUGGCCAAAUUAGAAAGACUCAAUUUACCCGUCAUGAGGAUCAAGAUGUCGGAUUACGAGACUUAUUAUCACGACAAGGAUAGAUUGAAAAAGGUAGCUAAAUUGUUGAUACCCGAACCAUUGGAUUUGGAUGCUACGACUGAUUUGGUAUCGCUGAGAAAUAUUUUAGCGAAGAAUUAUAACAUGGACAAUUGUUGUUUCCUAGAUUCCUGCACAGCUGAAAGAUUCUUCAGGAUUGAUCGUGCCCAAGAACAAUUGCAUUACGUUACUGAUGUGGCUGCCGAAGUUGUUUACAUUCUUGAAGAAAGUAGUCCUAGUCAAGGUGUACCAACCGGAGAAACUGAAAUCUGUACAACAGCUUCUCAAGAACCUGAAACAGCUCAUCCUUCACCUAGCGAAGAACGUCCAAGAGAAAAGCCAGCCAUGACAAAAGCAGGCCCACCAUCAUCACCUACGAGUGAUCAGACUUCAUCUAAACAACAACAAGAAGAAAAUCAUCAAGCAGAAGUCACCAAUCCUGCUAAAGUUCAACCACAGAAUGAACAACAACAAGUGUCAUCGACCAAUGCUGAUACCAAAUCUCAAUCUGAAACUAAACGACUGUCAUCACCACUAACAGCAUCACCAUCACCAUCAUCUAAUGUUAACAAUUCUAACUUGGCCAAAGAGGUGGAAAACCAAUCGCAGAAAUCUGUUAAUGUAGGAACACGUAAGAAAAUUAAAGAAGAAAUUAAAGAAGAUUAUGAUGAAAGGAAACAAACAACUCCUAAACAGGAUGGUAAUUCGUCUAAAUCGAUGACCUCAUCUAAUGUAAAUAGAACAGCUGAUCAAUCUUCUCACACCUUUAUCAGUCCACGUGAUAGACUUUUUGGGUUGAGUUCUGAGGUUCAUACCUUCAGUACCGGUUUACUCGAGAAGACUUCUGAUGGUAUUUUGAAGGCUGCUAAGAUAGGUGAUUUAUCUGCCCUUAAGGAAUUACAUAACAAAGGAUAUUCACUUUUAUCAAUCGACACUACUGGACAAACUGCUUUGCAUUUGGCUUCGAGAUAUGGUCAUAAGAAUAUCGUUAGAUAUCUUAUUGCCAGUGCACCACCAACGAUUCUUGACAUUGCUGACAAUGAUAAGGGUCAAACGGCUUUACACAAAGCAGCGCAAUAUAAAAAACGUUCAAUUUGUUGUAUGCUAGUAGCAGGUGGUGCAAAUUUAACAUUGAAGGAUAGACACGGUCAAACACCUAGGCAAUUAGCUUUGUCAGCUGAGGAUCGUGAACUAGCGGCGUACUUGCAAAGUCAGGAACAAUUCCAACUGGCUGUGGAUGAAUAAUAAUCAAUAAUAAUUCCAAUGAUUUAUAAUUAACAAUCCUGUGGGUCCUACUUCAGGAUUAUUUUUGGGGACCGACUUAAAAUUAGUUUAAUAAAUCUUGAUCUACUAUUACGUUAAGAACAAAACAAACAAAGUAAUAAUA